AAUUCGCGCCUUUUUUUACUGAUAAACUUGUUUGACCGGCUGCAGAUUUUUUUAAAAUACGUGUGCAAUAACUGUAUGUAAGCCGCACUAUAUAUUCCGUUCGUUUGGUUCGUUAGUAAACUGGUAACACUGUAUGCGAAAAGCGUCGUGAUUGGUUGGUGAUGGUGAUGACGGCCAUCUUAUUUUAGUGUCGUGUUGUGAAUUGUGAUGGUGUUCACGGUAAUUUACACAUUUUCAUUAUAAUUGUAUAGACUUGUGGUCUAAGAGACAUCGAAUAACUGAAUUAAAUAUAAUUAUUACUUUCGCACCUUCUGAAUCAAAUAGACAACUAUGGAACUGUUGCAGGGUGGUGACACAAGCACUAUGCAGAUGGCUGGCAUGCAUGGAAUGCCCAGCAUGCCCAUGAUGGGUAUGCCAGGCAUGCAGCAUCCUGGCAUGCAACAUCCUGGCAUGCAGCAUCCUGGCAUGAUGCAUCCCAACAUGCCCAUGGGCAACAUCGGCAUGCCUGGCGUUGCCAUGCCAACCAUGCCGCCGGGUAUGCCACCAGCGCCGUUGCCGGGCGCGCCGCCGCUGCCCGCCGCGCCGCCGCCAGGCGGGGACUUCAAUGCACCAAUCUACGAUUUGCAACAGAUUGGCGAUGUCUACACGGGUCCAGGCGCCAAGUGCUCAACUCUCCCAGCAAUCCUCGGCGGUUCGCUACCGCGUCUCUCCAGUGAGCAGGCGGACGCGGUCGCCCGCGCCAAGAAGUACGCCAUGGAACAGAGCAUCAAGAUGGUCCUGAUGAAGCAGACGCUCGCACAUCAGCAGCAACAGAUGGCUUCGCAGAGGACGCAGGUCCAACGGCAGCAGGCGCUAGCUCUCAUGUGCAGAGUAUACGUAGGCUCCAUCUCGUUCGAGCUUAAGGAAGACACGAUCCGGCAGGCGUUUUUGCCGUUCGGCCCCAUCAAGAGUAUCAACAUGUCGUGGGAUCCCGUUACACAAAAACAUAAGGGCUUCGCAUUCGUCGAAUACGAGAUACCAGAAGCGGCGCAGCUCAGCUUGGAGCAGAUGAAUGGCGUGAUGCUGGGCGGGCGGAACAUCAAGGUCGUGGGGCGGCCCAGCAACAUGCCGCAGGCUCAGGCCGUCAUAGAUGAGAUACAGGAGGAAGCGAAGCAGUACAACCGUAUCUACGUAGCGUCAGUCCACCCGGAGCUCAGCGAAGACGACAUCAAGAACGUGUUCGAGGCGUUCGGGCCCGUCACGUACUGCAGGCUGGCGCACGGCGCGCAGGCUACGAGGCAUAAGGGCUACGGGUUCCUAGAAUACGCAACACUAAACGCGGCGCUGGAAGCCAUCGCGUCGAUGAACCUGUUCGACCUGGGCGGGCAGUACCUGCGCGUGGGGCGCGCCAUCACGCCGCCGCACGCGCUGGCCGGCCCGCCGCCGCCGCAGGCCAUGCCCACCGCCGCCGCCGUCGCCGCCGCCGCCGCCACUGCCAAGAUACAGGUGUGUGCUCUCAUGAACCUGCUCGACCUGGGCGGGCAGUACCUGCGCGUGGGGCGCGCCAUCACGCCGCCGCACGCGCUGGCCGGCCCGCCGCCGCCGCAGGCCAUGCCCACCGCCGCCGCCGUCGCCGCCGCCGCCGCCACUGCCAAGAUACAGGUGUGUGCUCUCAUGAACCUGCUCGACCUGGGCGGGCAGUACCUGCGCGUGGGGCGCGCCAUCACGCCGCCGCACGCGCUGGCCGGCCCGCCGCCGCCGCAGGCCAUGCCCACCGCCGCCGCCGUCGCCGCCGCCGCCGCCACUGCCAAGAUACAGGUGUGUGCUCUCAUGAACCUGCUCGACCUGGGCGGGCAGUACCUGCGCGUGGGGCGCGCCAUCACGCCGCCGCACGCGCUGGCCGGCCCGCCGCCGCCGCAGGCCAUGCCCACCGCCGCCGCCGUCGCCGCCGCCGCCGCCACUGCCAAGAUACAGGUGUGUGCUCUCAUGAACCUGCUCGACCUGGGCGGGCAGUACCUGCGCGUGGGGCGCGCCAUCACGCCGCCGCACGCGCUGGCCGGCCCGCCGCCGCCGCAGGCCAUGCCCACCGCCGCCGCCGUCGCCGCCGCCGCCGCCACUGCCAAGAUACAGGUGUGUGCUCUCAUGAACCUGCUCGACCUGGGCGGGCAGUACCUGCGCGUGGGGCGCGCCAUCACGCCGCCGCACGCGCUGGCCGGCCCGCCGCCGCCGCAGGCCAUGCCCACCGCCGCCGCCGUCGCCGCCGCCGCCGCCACUGCCAAGAUACAGGUGUGUGCUCUCAUGAACCUGCUCGACCUGGGCGGGCAGUACCUGCGCGUGGGGCGCGCCAUCACGCCGCCGCACGCGCUGGCCGGCCCGCCGCCGCCGCAGGCCAUGCCCACCGCCGCCGCCGUCGCCGCCGCCGCCGCCACUGCCAAGAUACAGGUGUGUGCUCUCAUGAACCUGCUCGACCUGGGCGGGCAGUACCUGCGCGUGGGGCGCGCCAUCACGCCGCCGCACGCGCUGGCCGGCCCGCCGCCGCCGCAGGCCAUGCCCACCGCCGCCGCCGUCGCCGCCGCCGCCACUGCCAAGAUACAGGUGUGUGCUCUCAUGAACCUGCUCGACCUGGGCGGGCAGUACCUGCGCGUGGGGCGCGCCAUCACGCCGCCGCACGCGCUGGCCGGCCCGCCGCCGCCGCAGGCCAUGCCCACCGCCGCCGCCGUCGCCGCCGCCGCCGCCACUGCCAAGAUACAGGUGUGUGCUCUCAUGAACCUGCUCGACCUGGGCGGGCAGUACCUGCGCGUGGGGCGCGCCAUCACGCCGCCGCACGCGCUGGCCGGCCCGCCGCCGCCGCAGGCCAUGCCCACCGCCGCCGCCGUCGUCGCCGCCGCCGCCACUGCCAAGAUACAGGCGAUGGACGCGGUAGCCAGCAACGCCGUAGCGCUAGGGCUGACGAAGCUGAACGCCCUGGGCGUGCCGCCGGCCGCCGCGCUGCCCACGCUGGCGGCCGCUCUGCCCGGCGCGCUGCCCGCCAGCCUGCCGGUGCCGCUGCCCGCGGCGCUGCCGGCCGCGCUGCCCGUCACGCUGCCGGCCGCGCUGCCCGCCGCGUUGCCCGCCGCGCUGCCGCCGCCCGGCGUCGUCAUCCCGCCGCCGCCGGUCUCCGCAAGACCGCAGCCGCCACCGCAGACCCAACCCCCACCAGUAUCAGCCGCGUCCGCAGCGGCGACAGGCGAAGCCGGCUUACAAGCGGCACUGCAGAAGAAACUCCUAGAUUCCUCCCCCGACACAUUGCAGCAGCAGGAAUCCUUGUCCAUCUCGGGGCAGUCGGCGCGCCACCUGGUCAUGCAGCGGCUCAUGCGGCGCCGCGUGUCGCGCACCGUGCUGCUCGCCAACAUGGUGGCGCCCGAGGAGGUCGACGAGGCGCUGCACCACGAGAUACAGGAGGAAUGCGGCAAAUGGGGCGCGGUUGAACGGCUAGUGAUCUACAACGAGCGGCAGAGCGAGGACGAUGACCCCGCGCACGCAUUAGUCAAGAUUUUCGUACAGUUCCAAAACCCUGACGAGGCGGCGGCGGCGGCGGCGGCGCUGAACGGGCGCUACUUCGGCGGCCGCACCGUGCGCGCCGCGCUCUACGACCAGGAGCUCUUCGACCACGGCGACCUCUCCGGCUAGUGCGCGCCCUCACCGCUAGGCGGCGCUCUGUAAAUACUCCUAAUAUAAUCUAGGUUCCAAAAUGAAGAUCGAGGUACAUCCAUGCUAGUAACCCGAAAGUCGCUAAAAACACUAAUUCGUUAAAUGUCGCUGACAAGGAGUGAACGCGAAAAUAAUGUAUCAAUAUCAAUAUUAACAGUCAACGUUGUCAAUUUAAGCCAAUCGUGUGUUUUUUGACUGAGGCAUAAGGUAUGUUCCAUUGACGGAACAAAUGUUCCGAGGGCAUAAAAAACCGGAAAUAUGCGGCCGCCACUCUAAAUUGUCCCGGUUUCAAAAUGGCGACACAAACCAUAGACUACAAAAUUAUAUAUAAACAAUCUUUCAUCAUUUGUCGAAGGAACAUUAUACAAAAGGCGGGAAGCGCCUUCUGUAGACUGGCAGUGUUUAUGGACCUAUUAUUAUUAAAUGUUCUCAUCGAAGUUCCGUGUCACAUAACAUAACCGAUUGCAAAUGGACUAUCGAUUUAAAAAAAAAAACACUUAAAAAUAGGCCACAAGUACUGCGACACUGGCUGUAAAAUGUAUUCGAAUAGUAAUGUCAUGGAACGCUUUGUUCCUUUUUCGUAACUAUGGUCUCUCGUGAUCAAUGCAGUACAGACAUAGAUAAUUUGCCAGACAAAAUUCAACCUUGCGCCAUUGUCUCAAAGACGUAGCUUUUUCUUAUAUUUGCGGUCUAAGAUUAGGUAAAUAUAAUUUUGACUGAUAUGGCUAAAUUGUAUUUUGGUAUUAUCAAUUUCUUAAAUUCAAUCUAGCUGUUAAAUCAAAGGUUACGAAAAUGGAACAACGAAAUGAAUAUAUGUAAACAGGUAAAAAGUUCAUAAAAUUAUCCAUGAAUGUCAAUACUAUAUGUAUUGGAAGUUGUUUACACAUUUUUGACUUAAGUUUAAUAAACUGUAAAAUGUUACUUGGUACUAUCAGAACGAAUUAGUAGCGAAAUGUCUAACAAGACAAAUAAAUAGAUUAUGUAGAUAUAGGUUACAAGCCGGACAGUAAUCAGUUUGGCCCUUUCAUCCCGAAAAAAAUACAAUUAUAGUAGUGCUGCAUUUGAUUUGAUUUCUACUGAGAAUUUCGUACAUACCUAAGUUAUAUUCUCUUGUUCGACAUUCAUUACUAACGCGUUAUGACGAGCCUGAAGAGUGGUAAAGAAAAGAUCUAAGUAUAAUAAAACUAGUUUUACGUAUGAUUAUAAUUGUUAAUAAAUUAAAUUACUUAUAAGAAA